ACCUUUAUCUCUACAAGGAAGUAAGGAUCAUCAUUGACGCCAUGUACCGAAUGAAAUAAUUUUAAGGUCACAUUGAUGAUGGCAUUAUCUGAAUCCCAAGUACCACCCGACGCCCAGCAUUAUUUGGUGUGUGGCACUGAAGACUGUGAGAGGAACUGCCAGUUUUACUGCGAUGACUGUCACCAACCAAUGUGUGAACAAUGCAGAGAUGAACAUCAGAAGAAUACGAAAACCAAGAGCCAUGAAGUGGUUCCUUAUAAACAACGUAAACGACCGCUUCCUGUUGAGCAAUGCAAGAUCCACCCCACAAAAGAAAUGGUUCUUCUCUGCGAGGAAUGCCAAAUUCCCAUUUGUUACAAAUGCACAGCCACAAAAGAACAUCGCGGCCAUGCAUUUACUGACCUAGAAAUAGACUUUGAUGAAAAAGUUUCCCUUUGUCAUGAAGAAAUUGCAAAAAUUAGAAAUUAUUUUGAGCCAACUUCUCAAGAUUUGAAAAAAGAAAUUGCUGGCGAUGUCACAGAAAUAAAGAAGAUUAUGGACGGCAUAAGAACGUCCAUGAAGACUGAAGCUGAGGCUGUGAAAAAGCUGGUAGACACAGUCACAUCAGAAAAUAUAAAACAAGUUGGCAAAAUUGAACAGUCAUUAUUAGAAACAUUAAACGGUCAAAACCAAGAAAUCGAUGAUUACAUCACCUAUCUAAAUGAUUUAAUCAAAACGUUUUAUGGUUACCUAUCUCCAUCAAACAUCGAACAAAUAACAUCUGCUCUCAAAUCAGAAAGCUUCAUCAUUCGACCCAUACCAGAGACAUCCAAACCAGUCCCACCCGUUUUUACUGCUGGUCAACACAGCAAGGAAGAUGUCGCCAAACUACUGGGUAUAAUAACUGUUCCCAAUAAUAAACCAGAGAACAGAAAAAUAAAACCUAUGGAGACUGUCUCCACACAAUUGAAACCUACACAGAAACAGAGAAAACAAGACAGAGAGAAAUCUUAUGUGAAACAGACACUGUCUCUGUCUUCCUCUUUCACCAAGGUCAGGAAGUACACAGUACCAGGUGUUGAUUAUGUAUUCCAUAUAUCACUAGGUAAAUCAGGCAGACUCUGGGGCAGUGAUGGUAGUGGUAACCUUGUCCAAACAGAUCUACAGGGGAAUCAGCUACAGAAGAUACAAACCAGUGGUCAAGAUGAAGGCUACCACACAGUCACACAGGACGCGGAUCUGAUCUAUACAGACAGAAAGAACAAAGUCAUCAAUAGGAUAACACCGGAUAAUACAAUCACUGAAUUCAUUAAAACAGGAAACUGGGAACCACUCAGUAUACACUCCUCCCACAUCAACGGGGACAUACUGGUGGGGAUGUGGAAGGGUGGAGAGGGUAAAUUCACCAGGUAUAACAAGACAGGGACAGAAAUACAGAACAUACAGAGAGACAACAAAGGACAGGGACUGUAUGAGCUACCGCACUACAUCACAGAAAACAUCAAUGGUGAUGUCUGUGUAUCAGACUAUCACAAACAUGCUGUAGUGGUGGUGGAUAAAUCAGGAAAUCACCGGUUCUCCUACACAUGUCAGAGGUCACGGUUUAAUCCCUAUGGAAUAUGUACUGAUGUACUCGGUCACAUCCUGGUGUGUGAUAGUAUGAGUAACACAGUUCAUCUUCUGGAUCAGGACGGUCAGUUCUUGUCUUCACUACUCACAUCACAGCAAGGUGUAAAGUAUCCCCGUAGUGUGUGUGUGGAUGAUGAGAACAAUCUCUGGGUGGGACAACGUUACACCAACAUAGUGACAGUGUACAAGUAUCUACAGUGAACAUUAUUUUAUCCAUACAGCAAUUCUUAGGAAUUGUGUGUGUCUUGUGAGACAAAGUAGCACCAACACAGUGACAGUAUCUACAGUGAACAUUAUAUCCAUACAUCUUUUAGGUACUGUGUAUAUGUUGUGAGACAAUGUAACCACAACACUGUGAAAGUGUACAAUACCUGGUAUCUACAUUAUACAUUGAUGUACAUAUACAUCAUUCCUGUAAACCCGUGUAUGUUUAUUUGUUAUACAUUGUAUUAGUUUUAUCAAUGAGUAUUUUCCAUUGCUGACAAAUUGACAAUAAAUAUGUAUUAACAAUAUCAAAUUGUUGUGAGUUAUGUUAGAAUCAAAACUACUAGUUUGAAUCUUGUCAAUUAAAGCUAACAAAAAGACUUUAUUUAUAAACGGCGCUUUCUGUCCAGGUAUGGUAGACGUACGAUAUAUGAGAUAUUAAAAACAG